UUUCUUUCACCCUUUAGUUCUCGGUGACAUCGCUUUGAGAUCACGCGUUUCAGUAUCAGUAAAAUGUGAAUCAGUCGUGAAGCCACUAUUUUUGAUAAUUAAAAUAGCAUUCUUUAAUAAAAAUAUUUCUUUAUUGUUUUUAUUUUGAAUUAUAUAUUUUUUACAAUUUAUAAAAUAUAUGUAAUAUUAUUUAUAAUUUUGCUAUAUCUAAUCAAGUGACUCUUAAUUACCUCUCGAGUGCAAAAGGUUAAUACCGUGAAGAGUGAUCCAAAUCAUGAUCCAUGAACGAGCCAUGUUGAAACUCGUUAGAAUCUAAUGAAUUCUGUGACACAACGAUCCCGAUUUUAAUAAUGCCACCGAGAUAUUCCUCCGAGACGCAGGACUAAGGAACGGUUACAAUAAUGCAUACCGUGUCUUAACGCAAAACCGACUGCGAUAGAGGCGAUCACGAAAGUGAAAGCAAGUCUCAUAAUACGGUCUGUCCAAUCGACCUCGAAAUCGCGCAACCACUUCGCCGGUGCGAUGUCUGAAGUCAAACCUGCUGACUAAAAUCUACAGGUGAUUGGCAAACAAACGAGGCAAAGGGUCCACGUAUCACAGGAAUGCAACAAGGAUGAACAAGCGAAACGUUUAGAGAAUGUGUGAGACGUUUAAAGUGCUACGUUCAAGGAAAUUUACGUGAAACAAGAUUUAACAAAUUAUCGCUAAAUCAGAGGCUUGAAAGAGGUUCGCGAAAGUGACGGAACACGAGAAUACGAGAAUGUAUUCCACAUGGAUCCUUUUUGUGUCGAGUGUACUGGUUCAAAGUUGUCUGUGGAGUACUGGCAGCGCGGCGGAUAAGCUACAGGUGGCUUUCCAAUGGAAACAAGUGGAUUACGAGUGGCCAAACAAUGACACCAAGCAACUUUUUCCGUGGUACAAGCAGGAAGACAAUCUGCCCCUCGGCCUCGAAGUCACGAAGGACAGGAUUUUCGUUACAGUGCCAAGAUGGAGGCGCGGCGUCGCCGCCAGCUUGAAUUACUUCUUCACCAAUGAUACACGCGAAUCGCCCGGACUAAUUCCUUAUCCAUCAUGGGAGGCGCAUCAAUACAAAGGAGACAACGUACCGGAAAUAAUCUCGACGUUCCGUCUUCGUGCGGAUAGAUGCGACAGGCUAUGGGUACUAGACACGGGAUUCACUGACAUUCUUGAAGGACCGGAACAACAGGCACCGCCGGCGUUAAUCGUCUACGAUCUAACUAACGAUCAAAUGCUGCGAAAGUUCGUUAUACCCGAAGAUCAAAGAACGCCCGACUCUCUGUUCGCGAAUAUCGCGGUCGAGGAUUACGACUGCGAAGGCACUUACGCUUACUUAGGCGAUUUAGGUGGUCCAGGACUCGUAGUUUACUCGUGGAGCAUGAAUAAAUCGUGGCUCGUUAAUCAUCAUUCCUUCCACCCAGAUUCUAAGGCUGAAGAAUUUAAUGUAUCGGGGAUCUCGUUCAAAUGGACUGACGGUUUAUUCGGAAUGGCUCUAGCUCCCAGAGGCGAUGGGUACAGUACAAUGUAUUUCCACCCACUCUCCAGUUAUAUGGAGUAUUCGGUGAGCACGGAAUUAUUGAGAGAUCCUCGACGUGCAAAUACUUCCGAAAGUUUCAAUCAAAUUCACGCUCUCGGAUCUCGUGACCACAAUGGUCAAAGCAGUGUUAGCUUUUUGGAUCAGGACACCGGAGUUCUGUUUUACGCUUUGACAAACCUGAACGCCAUUGCUUGCUGGAAACCUCAAAACAUGUUCGCGAUGCAACAACAGGAGCUUAUCUAUAUGAAUAACAUUACAAUGGUUUUCCCUAAUGACUUAAAGAUCGAUCGAGAGGGGCAAAUUUGGGUUCUCUCGGAUCGUUUACCGAGUUUCAUGUAUUCCCAUUUGAACCCCGACGACUAUAACUUCCGGAUCCUCAAAGGUUCCGUGCGGGAGGCCAUAAAGAAUACCGCCUGCUCGAUGGAGAGACCUCUUCCAGCAACAAAUAAAUCCCGCGAACCAUCUUCAGAAGGAAAUGUCAACUCGCUAACAAUGUCUCAAACUUCUGGCUGUAUCACGCAUUCAGCAUUCAUCUAUGUUCUGUUGCCUAUCGUAUUAUUUUUCGUUUGACAUAUAUUUGAAAAAACGUUGUACCCUCUUGUAUUUUAAUAAAGUGGUUGGAUGUAAACGCUCUGAAACGACCUUC